CUGCUGGAAUACCUCAUUCAAAACGACGGUUCCGUAGUCUGCAAGUGGUGCGGUGAGGUGCUACCGUCUCGAACCCGUUGGUACAGGCACAAGUACAAACUCCACGUCUCCACCCAGGUCACCCAGCCGGCGCCGCUGUUCAAGUGCCACAGCUGUAACACUUACUUCAAGUCCCGCAAGGGUUACAUCGGCCACCUGAGCUCCCGUCACUCCGACAACGAGAACGACGAGAACAGAGAAGAGCCGACCAACAAGAAGGCCCGCAAGACCUCCGACGUCGGGAAAGGGCCGGAUUGGGAGCAGCAGAGAGAGAAGGAAGAGAAACUGGUGGCGGACAUAAUCGAUCGGGUGAAGAGAGAGUGCGAGGCUCAGGGUGAAACGGUGACAAGACGAGGCUACUCCAGGCGGUCCACCGUGAUGAACAGCUAAGGAAUGGACAAAGAGACGGAUAAAGGGAAAUCUUGUGCCAUAUCAUCGUCGUACGAUGUCCUUCUCGUAACGCGGCUCGAGGAGCGGCGUCGAUCAGACGCGCGCGGACCGACCCCUACCGACGUUCGAUCUCUCCGCGGUGUUUUGACCCUAUAUACCUUCGGAUAAGCGAUGUUCAAGACGUUCGUGUCUUUAGCAGUCACUGUUAAGAUCAAAUUAGGAUUAGUUCGGGACACGUGUUCACAGCGGCGUUCUAUGCUCAAUUGUUAUGUCAAAAGAAUACUUCAAAUCGACUCUCGACGUAAUACGAAAAAUCGGUUCCGUACGACAGCGAGAGUGUUCGCCUGACAGAGACAAGUAAUUUCCUCGUCGUUUGCGUAUUUUCCACAACCUCGAACGAAAACGUCAAGUGAAAAUAACCGAUGCAUAAAACUAGAAACGCGGAAUCUCUUCCUCGUCUUCGCUGUAUGGUGAAUUCGAAUUAUUCAAACUUCGCCAUCGUAAAGUUUCGCGCAACGUAAUGGAAAUUGCACGGGGAAUUUCCGUCGCCUUUCGUUCAAGGACACCAACGACGAGGACGUUGCUCUCGUCAGUCGUCAGUUCGUACUUACUCGAUAUUCCGUGUCGGCGACGCUCGCGAGGUUGUUGCCUCGUGAUCGAUUUAAGUCGGGCUGCUUGCGUGCGUAGAGAGGGAGAGAGAGAGAGAGA